AUGGCGUUGGUGGAGUGGAGGCACUGGUUAGAAGGGGCAGAACAUCAAUUCUUGGUGUGGGCGGACCAUAAGAACCUGGCAUAUCGCCUCACCACCAAGCACCUCAACUCCAGGCAGCCCUGCACUUCCCAGAGCAAGAGGUCAGUAUACCAUCUUCCCAGAUGUUUUCAGUACCAGAGCCUGGGCCACUUCUCAAGACCACCUCCAGGUAUCGACAACAGGCGGACCGCCAACGGACCCCUGCUUCCCACUACCGUCUUGGACAGAGGUGCUGCUGAGACCAAUGGAUCUGGUGGCGAUGCCCUGGGGAGGGAUGCUGAGGACUGGCCUGAUGUUAGUCACACCAAGAAGACCAGAUCUCUGACUGCUCCCAGGUCAAAGCAUAUUGUCCCCCCUCUCCCUCCCCGUCUCUCACUCACUAUCCCUCCCUCUGCCUUUCCGUCUAUCGCUCGCAAACAGGCCAAGGACCUCAGCUACUCAGAGAUGGACCUCCGUGCCAAGCCCAAGAGGUUCGGCACUUUCACCUUCGGCUUGAAGAGGAGUAAGAAGAAGAGUGACAGGGAUCUAUCCCACAGCAUCGUGGUCCUCCACAGCCCCGAUCCAGAGGUCAAAGGGCAAGAGGAGGAGGAGCCUUUGGACCUCAGCCUCUGGGACAUCGGCCAGGGCGGUACUCUGAACAAGAGCGUAAGGUUCACUAUGUCUCAGCCUGUCAUAAACACUACGACACGGGUCACCUCUUAUCCUCCUGCCACUGUCCCCAACGCAUCGCAGGCCCAGGAGCCCCUGAUGGACAGUCCUAAGACUCUCACUAACCAAUCAAAAUCCCAGGAAUCCCUGAUGGAUAAGAUUAUUCCUAUUGAAGUGGGUCGGGCUACAGGAAAAGCCCCUUUAGCAAUGCCUGAGAUGAUGUGGGACGAGACCUCAGAGGAAGAGGAGAGCCCGGAUGUUCAGUGUGACAACGCUUAUGCCUCAACAGACCAUACUGACACAACUUAUAUGGAUGUUGAUAGCUUUAAUCCAACUCCUCCCUCUUUCCCAUCUAUCCCAGCACCCUGCUAUCCAUCUAGCCCACCGACACCCUUUUGCCCUCCUCCUAUUACAGUUUACACCACAAACCAGAGAGAUGACAUUUCCCACUCCCCAUUACCCAGCUCUGACCCUGUGAGUAGUGGUCUUUCUGAUCCCGUCUUUCCUGUUACUGAAUUCCCACUUACCAAAGCUGAGGCCUGUGUUACCUUCUCCAUUGGCCAACCUGUUGUUGCUGAGAAUAUCAGCACUGUUACCCCUAAUACUGAUCCCUCUCCCAUUGCCUUGGACCCCAAUAGAGAAACCUCUGUGACUGAAACAGACACACCUGUCCCUGAAGUUAAUACCGAGACCUUUACGCUCAACCGUGAUACUUUGGCUGACGACACUGACACUCCUGUUCUCAUCACUGUCAGCUCUUCUCUUCUCACUAUCAACGCUGUUACUGACGUGGACACUCUUGCUGACACUGUUACUACCAUUGGCACCACCUCCAUCAAUGACACCUCUGUCUCCACCACUGAUACAUCUAGGCCUAUGCCUGAAACUGUCACCUCCGUCACCUCUGAAGAGGUCAGCACCGCUAUUCCUCAUCCUGGCCCCUCUCCCGCUGAAAUGGUCAUCCCCGUUCCAAGCACUGACAAAUCUACAGCUGAAAUGCUAGCCUCCAUUGCAAACGCGGUCUACUCCGUUACCAGCAGUGACAACGCUGUCCCCAACACUGACACGUCCUCCGCCAACAAAGAGGUAUAUGGAACUCUGUAUGACUCGCUAUUUCCUCAUAGUUUCACAUCGGAACAAAGCUCUGCCAUAUCAGACCCUCACUCUACUGAGGGACGUCUUGACACCAACCUAACCAUGAGUUAUGACACUGACCCACACCUGUCCUUGGGUAACCCCUUUGACUUGUUUUUACCUGAACCAGUUAAACAGGAGUCUGAAACUGCCAUUGAUCACACUGAAGCUAGUGUCAGUGGCACCACCCAAUCGACUCCAUUACGAUCUGCCACUGACGCCCCUGUCCCCGACAUGGACAUACCUGCCACUGUAGUCUCCAAAAUGGAUGCCAGCCAUCCUGACACAGACACCGCUGCUUCCCCUAAAACUAACCUCACUGCUAGUGACUCAAAACCAGUAUUUGAAGAUCUUUAUGACUCUCUCUUUCCUGAAGGUUUUCCCUCGCGUCACAUAUCUGACAGAUCUGCCGCCACUAGUUACGCGUCUAACCCAGACAUGGAGACUUGUGACGUUACGAUUGAAUAUCCGCCUCAUAAUAUGGACACUUCUCUUGAAAAAAAGGAUCCCGCUGUUCCUCAAACAGACACCUCCGACCCUAACACAGAUAUCUCCCUCACUGAGCCUGAGAGUUCCGGUUCUCUUGAGUCCACACAGGGGGAAUCCUUUGUCACAAAACCAGUCACCAUUGACGCUUCCGGCUCCUCUACAAUCUCUGAAACAAUGGCAACUGCGACCGGUCAAGAAGCAGAAGUAGAGAUUAUGGAAGCGAAAAAUAUUCCGAACUGUGAUGCAGACAUUGUCAGGGAAAAAUCAUAUGUGUCCACAAUUGCUACUCAAGAAGCAGAGAUGAUGGAAGAGGCCAACAGCAUAGAUUCUAAUAGACAGGUUGAGGAACAUAUGCCCUGUGAUGCAGAAGUUGUCAGGGCAAGCUCACAUUAUGUGACCAUACCAGAGAACAGCAGUGCCAUGGAGGUCACUAUAUCAUUGGUCCAUUACAGCAUCCUGGACGAUUACAUGGAGGAGAGUGGAGUUGAAAAGGUCAAAGCAGAGGAAGAGAAAGGCACGGGCAGACAACGGAGGAAUGGUAAUGAAACCACCGAAAUGGGAUGGAGUGUGGCGUCACAGAAAGACACUGAAGAAAUGUUCGAAACGAAGGAUAGAGGUCAAGAGAAUGAAGUCCACAAGAAGAAGAGAAACAUUGAGUCCCAAGAAGAGAGUGACGCGGCGAGCCUAGUGCAGGUGGAGGAGAGAAAAGCGAGAGAAGUCUGGCCACUGGUGAAGGAAAAGAGGGAGGAGGGGGUGGAACCAGCCCUACCUGUUCAGCAGAUGCACACGCUCAUGGAAUGUGAGUCGCCAGCCCCACCUUUCACCACAGAGCAGCAUGGAGAGGAGGAGGGGUCAGGGAGUAACCGGAGUGUGGUUACGCAUGCUUGCCUGGGAACAGAGGCCUGCACUUAUACAAAUGCACAGACCCCAUGCCAGGAAGAGCCACAGGAGGGAGUGAACGAGUCCCGCAGCGCUGAGAAUAAACGCUCUAACAACAGAGGGCGAGGGGACACACUCACAACUCACAACACACUCACACACACCGCCGACGGAGAGAGGAUUUUAGACACACAUACAGCAGAGAUAGUGGACUUGGUCACUCGUACCGUCGAGGACACGGGUGCACCGAGCGCACCCUCUUUCACUGACCAGAAAACAAACGUAGACUCUGUCGCACACAGUGCAGAUGGUGAGAACAGACUCCCACUUGACACAGACAGAGAAGAGACAUCGACAGACACAUUCGCACACAGCGCUGAGUCCGAGUCCAACACAUACACUGUAAAGAGAGAACACAAAGGGACACUCAGUACUGAGUGGCUAGACAGCAUUUUUAUUCAGGACACAGACGGAGCCAGUGGAGAGCCAGUGUCAGAGCAGUUGGAAGUGAAUCCUCCAGUCACGGGUGACUCAAUCCUCGAGAGACUUCAGAAGAGAGCUAACGCUCUUGUCACUGAGGACACAGAGAGACCCGGUGCAGAGCCAGAGCAGGUGGAAGUGAAGCUGUCAGUCACUGCAGACACAUUCCUCGAGUCACAGAAGAACAGAGUCAACUGCCUGAGCCAGCCAGAAGGGUCUCUGGAUGCUUCUGCUGUUCGCAGUACUCCUUUAAAACACUCUGAGGGCUCUGAUUCAGAAAUUCAGCAGAUAGUGGCUGAUCUGGAGUCAGGCAGCGAGAUGAAAUUAUACCGUUCCACUCUCGUUAUACGACCCUCUCCCACCCACGGGAGCAUGGAUGAAUCAAAACAGGACUUCCGCAAAGUCUCCCAGGUCACCGACAAUGACACCACAGACCACACUGAAUACAGUGUGGACUACAGUAAAAGCACUAUCACUGACCCCGAUAGAACUGAAAGUGACCUAGAUCCAGUGGUACCAGAAUACAAAUGGAGUGACCGGUAUGAGGGGGUGCAAACCACUUUUGACCCCACAGGGGUGUCCUGGCGCCCUGACUCUCAGUUGGAUGAGUCAAGAGUGUCAACGCACAAUGGAUUCUACUCCUCCCUAUCCCCCUCCCUCCGUGUGUACAGACAACACCUCGCCUCCCCCGGGCCGCCAUUCCAGGAACCUGGCCUGUCCUCCCACUCCUCGAACAUGCCCGGUUCCCCCGGCAACGGUCACUGGCUGAGCGACAGGAGCGAAGUUCAGCUGAGCCAUGAGAGUAGCGAGCCAGAAACAGGCAGGGGGAGGAGGAGGGAGUGGGAAGAGGAGGAGGAGCUAGCCACUGCACCUGCAGGACAGAGGGAGAGAGGCGUAGAGCAAAAUAGUAGGGCGGGAGAGUCUGUGGCAAAGAAGAUAAAAUCAGGCUGUGAUCCACAGUCGCUCCCAGUCUCAAACUUCUCCUCGGCAGGUCAGUCCAUUGACGACGUGGACUACAGCAGAGACAGCAGUGACUUCUUCUCUGGGGUGUACAAGGCCACACUCGUGGAGCUGCUACCUGACCCCUCCUCGGACCCUUCCCCCUCUUCCUCUCCCGUGACCCCUGACCCAGGCUCCCCCUAUCACGGUGAUAUGGAAUGCCUGGUGGACACCCUGAAGAGCAUGAACCCUAUCCCGGUCCAGAGGCAGAGGAGCCUGCGUGGGUCCACUGCCCCCUCCAUUUUCUCCUCCCUUUCCCCUAUCGUGGAGGAUUCCCCCUGCUCCACCCCCACCAACACCAAAUCUCCCCAGGUGCCCACUGGGUCUUCGCUGGAGGUCUCUAACGACCGUUACAUCCUGCCCGCAGACCUGGGCCUCAACCGGGGUGCCCCCAAAGAGAUGCACUCCCCUCUGGAGAUGAUGAAGCUCCAGCAGCUCCAACAGCAGCAGGAGCAGCAGGCUGGGGACCACCAUUGGGACCGUGGAAGCCUCAACCUCCCACUCCGAGCCUCGGCUCUUAACAGCAUCAUCGUGAGGAAGAGCUCCUUGGGCAGUGACUCAUCCUCAGAGCACUCGCCGUCCCCCAUACUAAACGGAGGGAGCAACAACCAGUCUCCAAGCCCCUCGCGCCUGGACAACUCGUUCCUCUUCUCCAGCUAUCGUUCAGCAUCGAUUGAUCAGCCACAGGAGAACGGCAAGGCCCAUAGCCCAGGCCAGCGGCCCUCUCUGUUCCGUACGGGCUCCCUACCGGACAUAGGGCCUAACCAGGACCGCAUGAGCUCAGGGAUUGGUAUGGGCAUGGCCGGUGGGCCUGGGAGCGGACUUGGAUUUGAAUCUGGAGCCGGAACUGGAACUGACCCUUCAACCCCCUUCCGCUACGAACGUUUCUCCUCCCUCAUGUCUGGCUCCUUAACCGGACACAACACAGACACCAACACUCGAAUGAGCAGGCCCCCUCCCCUCCCUAGCUUCACCUCUACCCUCGGAAGCCUUGUCAGUCCCACAAGCUCAUCUCUGGACAUCCACAGGUCGUUCGCCAAUUCUAACGACUCCCAGUCCAAGCUAAGCCCGGGACUGGGUGGUAUGGGGUCUGUGGGCUCUAUUGGUCUGGGUCUGCAGAGGAGCUUCAGUAAUGAAGGCCUGAACUCACCACUGUUCAACACGGGGUCCGUCCAUGGAGGAUCUGUCCAUGGAGGGUCUGUCCAUGGAGGAUCUCACUUCAGUCCAGAGCCAGAGAAGAACCUGGUGCCCAAGUAUAGAGCUUUCCCCGAUGCCUAUCUCACCAAGGAGAAAGAACAUGGAAAGCUUAACCCUCGGCCAGGAAAGAUGUUCAUCUUUGACCAGCCAGGGAUGUGUGGCCAGCGGAUUGAGGUGCGGAGUGAUGUCAUUGAUGCCACACCCUGGCAACUACAGGAGACCAUCUCGAUCAGGGUUGUCAGGGGAGGCUGGGUCUUGUAUGAGAAGCCCAACUUCAAAGGGGAGAAGAUAGCUCUGGACGAGGGGGACAUAGAGCUCACCUACCCCUUCGACGCCCCUGAGGAGGACGAGGAACAACAACGGGAGCAAAAUGGAGUGGACGGGCAGAAGGAGGGAGGAGAAGAAGUGGUGGAGGCCAAGUCGGCCAGGAGGUUCAUCAUAGGAUCAGUACGAAGAGCAGUCAGGGACUACAGUGUGCCAGAGAUCAGUCUGUUCCCAGAGGAGAAUGCCGAGGGGAAGAAGGUGACCUUCAGAGACACGUCAGAUGACGCCAGGAUAUUCGGCUUCCCCAUCAAAGCCAACUCUAUCAUCAUCAACGCUGGACUAUGGCUGGUGUACCCUCAGCCUUUUUUCCAGGGCGUACCACGUGUCCUGGAGGUGGGGGGGUUCCCCAACCCUGCAGCCUGGGGCGUGGAACAACCCUACGUGGGCUCAGUGCACCCUCUCAAAAUCGGUGAACCGAGAGUGGAGAAACCCGGUGAGCCAAAGCUGGUGCUGUAUGACAAGCCUUACUUCACUGGGAAGAAGAGGACGAUCUACACCAACAUGAGAGACUUCAUGACCAGACUGGAUAGGCAGCAGACUGCCUUCAUGUACAGCCCUGGAUCCAUCCAAGUACAGGGAGGCUGCUGGGUGGGCUAUGAGAAGGAGGGUUUCCGAGGCCAUCAGUAUCUGUUGGAGGAGGGAGAGUACCACGACUGGAGGGUGUGGGGGGGCUGCGAUGCCGAGCUGCGCUCUGUCAGAGUCAUACGAGCGGACCUGACGGAGCCCAUGCUGGUGAUGUAUGAGCAGCCAGACGAGGAGGAGGAGGAGGGGAUGGUGGAGCAGGAGAACACCUUUGAGGUGACCAAAGCCAUUCCUGACGUGGAGCUGUUUGGUUUCCACACCACCACGCGCUCCAUCCAGGUCCUCAGUGGAGCAUGGAUCGCCUACUCUCACGUGGACUUCUCUGGUGACCAGUAUAUCCUGGAGAAAGGUUUCUACAGUAACUCUGCUGACUGGGGCUCUACAGACAACCGCAUCUGCUCUGUCCAGCCCAUCCUACAGGCUCCGAGCGAAAACCAGGGCAACGUCAGAAGAGAGGUGAUGCUGUACACGGAGCCAGAUUUCCAGGGUGAAUGCCAUCUGUGUGACAAGAACCAGGAGUCCCUCUCUGACAAGCUCAUCGCCAAGUCCUUCAGAGUGGUGGGAGGAAGUUGGGUGGUGUACGAGGGCCGUGAGUAUUCAGGGAACCUGUACAUCCUGUCAGAAGGAGACUACCCCAACUUCACCAGCAUGGGCUGUCCUCCGAACUGUGUCAUACGCUCGCUGAAGACUGUCCCGCUGGUAUUCUCAGUGCCCUCCAUCUCUCUGUUUGGUCUGGAGUGUUUGGAGGGCAGGGAGAUCACAGUGGACACCGAGGUGGUCAAUAUGCUGGAGGAGGGCUACAACAACCAUCUACUCUCUGUCAGAGUCAACCGAGGCUGCUGGGUGCUGUGUGAGCACAGUAACUACAGGGGGCGCCAGUUCCUAUUAGAACCCAUUGAAAUCACCAACUGGCCCAAGUUCAGUCAGCUUCUCACCAUUGGCUCAAUGUACCCAGUACGACAGAAGCGGCGCUUCUUCCGCAUCAAGAGCAAGGAGCGAGGUCACUUCCUGUCCAUCCAGGGCGGCGUAGAGGAAAUGAAGUCAGGACGCGUGGUGGUGAUCGAGCAGGUGGAGGGCAUGAGCGACAUCUGGUUCUACCAGGAGGGCCUCAUCAAGAACAAGUUGGCUCCUACUAUGAGCCUGCAGGUGAUGGGGAAUGUGGAGGCGGGGGCGAAAGUGGUGCUGUGGUCAGAGGCCCGGCAACCUGUCCAGAACUGGUCAGCCCAGAUGAGAGGCACCAUCCCCAGCCUUACCUUCCCUGGUAUGGUGUUGGACAUCAAGGGUGGCAAGCAGUACGACAGAGACCAUGUGGUGAUUUUACCAGAGAGCGAGGAGAGGCCUUGCCAACAGUGGGAGUUGGAGCUGCUAUAACCUUCCAAGAACCUUCCCUCAACCCACACCCUUCACCCGCUCCUCCAAUACAAUACGUUGCAAUAUCACCAACCCUCUCAGAACUCCUGCUUUUCAGUCUGUGGAGAUGGACAUUAGGAAGCACCACAGACUUAGCCUUGUCAUCACCAGGCACCCGCAAGAUGUUCUGAGGACGUCUUCAUUGCAGUUAAAUGGAUUUUCCUUUCAUUCCGUGAAAAAACCCUACGAGGAUGAUUAUUUCUUGGCUCGACGUGAGGACCGCAGCAUACGAACGACUCGACAAUAAACAACCAGUGCCUUUUGAAUCAACCGGAGAGGAUGAGAAGGAUAAUGCUUCACCCCCCCCCCCCCACUCUCCUUAAAUAUGUAUAUUUGGAUUAUUCUAUUUACAGACAUUCUACCCUAUCAUAUUCUUCCUUGACUUGGAUGGUAUGACCCGGCUUACCCACACACACAGUAGUGGACUUAACCAUUCACUUGAACUCACCAAUGAUUAUUGGGAAGGUCAAAGUUACAUCUACUAAAUGGUACAUUAUCUGUGGCUAUAUGCAGUAUAUUUAAGAUGGAUUCAUAAAGGAAGCCAUGUCUAUGCAAGUUAUUUUCUGAAUUGACUUUGGUUGUAUUUUGUUUGACUAUACAAUGUACUACGUUUUGGGAAAACAUUGGAUGGGAAGUGUAUUCUUGAUGCAGUAUAAUACAUACACAAUACAUAUAAUAAUGUAUGAUGUAGUAUAAUACAUACACAAUACAUAUAAUAAUGUAUGAUGCAGUAUAAUACAUACACAAUACAUAUAAUAAUGUAUGAUGCAGUAUAAUACAUACACAAUACAUAUAAUAAUGUAUGAUGCAGUGCAAUGACCCUGUGGGCUUUUAUGCAGUUCUUCUCUCAUGCUACAAGUAUGUUCAUCAAGUUGGUGUUUCUAUUCCACUAUGGUAUUACUUCUGUACUUGCAUAGAUAUUAAUCAUACGUUGCCGUUCACUGUCAACAUACGUGUUGCUCUAUUUGUUAUAUAACACCAAAUGCCUUGCUUCUCUGUGCAUUCUUUUAUACCAAAAAUAUGUGAAUGGAAAUAAACGUGGUUUUUAAAUAUCAAGUUUAAAUAAAACAUAUCAAUUGUU